GUAAGCGCUGGAUGGGAUUUUGUGAGUUUUCUUUGACAUGUUAUUUAUUUAUUGCAAUAUUUUUAAUAGUAUAUAAGUGUAUGUGGUCAUGUGUCGUUGUGUCUGUUAAACACGAAGACGUUGGUUGCGUAACUGUCGUCUUUUAAGCUAGCUUGGAGAGCCUUUAGCACGGUGUCAGCUGACAUUUGGCCCUGAACUGAGGAGACAUCAGGACGGAUGCAAGACCCCACCACACCUCUUGGUCAAGUAGCCUCCACUAGAGCCGGAUACUGCUGAGGAAUUACUUGGAGCACCCAACUUGAAAUUAUUCUUCACGUUUGACGGGAUGGCUUUGGAGAAAACCUAACUUGGGUCUGUGUGUUUUGCAAGUACUGGGACAAGGCUUUUUGGUGGAGUUAACUUUUGAGGAGCUCAUCUUAAAUUUGCAAGGGAACUAAAUCCAAAAUGGAUCAAGCAAGCGGUGGAGAGGACCCAAACAAAUCAUCGAAAAAGAAGUCUAAUGAGGAUGAGGGUAAAAAUAAAAAGCUGAACAUACACAUAAAAACAUUGGCUGACGACAUGCGAGACCGGAUCACCAGUUUCAGGAAGACAGGGAUGAAGAAAGAGAAGCCUCUGAUACAGCACCCUACAGAUCCCCUGUCCACCCAGGCUGAACUGCCUGUGCCCCAGCCCCUCUUUGACGACCGCUCCAUGAACCUCUCAGAGAAGGAGAUCAUCGACCUCUUUGAGAAGAUGAUGGAGGACAUGAACCUGAAUGAGGAACGCAAAGCACCUCUACGCGGGAAAGACUUGAGCACCAAACGUGAGAUGGUGGUCCAGUACAUCUCGGCCACUGCCAAAUCUAUAACUGGGAGCAAAGUUGCGGGUGGGCUGAGAAACAGCAAGCAUGAGUGUACACUUUCAUCCCAGGAAUAUGUCCAUGAGCUGCGUUCUGGCAUCACAGAAGAAAAGCUGCUUAAUUGCCUGGAGUCCCUCAGAGUUUCUCUCACCAGUAACCCUGUCAGCUGGGUGAAUAACUUCGGUCAUGAAGGUCUCGGUCUUCUUUUGGAUGCGCUGGAGAAGCUGCUGGACAAGAAACAGCAAGAGAAUAUUGAUAAAAGAAACCAGCACAAACUGAUACAGUGCUUAAAGGCCUUCAUGAACAACAAGUAUGGACUGCAAAGGAUUCUGGGAGAUGAGCGGAGCCUGUUGUUACUGGCACGGGCGAUUGACCCUAAACAGACCAAUAUGAUGACAGAGAUUGUCAAAAUUCUCUCGGCUGUCUGUAUUAUAGGCGAGGAAAACAUCCUUGAUAAGAUUCUGGCUGCCAUGACAAUUGCUGCAGAGAGGAACAACAAAGAGAGAUUUGCUCCGAUUGUUGAGGGACUGGAGAACCAUGAGGCCCAGCAGCUCCAGGUUGCUUGCAUGCAGCUGAUUAAUGCCCUGGUUACCUCCCCCGAUGACCUGGACUUCAGGAUACAUCUACGCAAUGAAUUCCUAAGAUGUGGUCUCAAGAAGAUACUGCCUGAGCUAAAAGAGACAGAGGAACUAGACAUCCAGCUGAAGGUGUUCAAUGAGAACAAGGAGGAGGACUCUAUCGAACUCUCUCAUCGCCUUGACGACAUCCGUGCUGAGAUGGAUGAUAUGAAUGAGGUGUACCAUCUCCUGUCCAACAUGGUGAAAGACACUGGAUCAGAAGCCUACUUCUUGUCAAUCCUUCAGCACCUCUUGCUCAUCAGGAAUGACUAUUACAUCAGGCCUCAAUAUUACAAGGUCAUAGAAGAAUGCGUCUCUCAGGUGGUUUUGCAUCGCAGCGGGAUGGACCCUGACUUUGGAUAUAGUAAAAGACUAGAUGUGGACUUCACCCACCUGAUUGAUCAGUGUGUGGAUAAAUCCAAAGUGGAAGAGAGUGAGCAGAAGGCUGCAGAGUUCUCCAAAAAGUUUGAUGAAGAGUUCAGUGCACGGCAGGAGGCCCAGGCUGAAUCUCAAAAGAAAGAGGAGAGAAUCAAAGAGCUGGAGGGGCAGAUCCAAACCCUGCAGUCCCAGGUUGCAGCUGGUUCAGCCACAGCUGGAGCUGGAGCACCACCUCCGCCACCUCUGCCAGCAGGCGCAGCACCUCCACCUCCUCCCCCACCACCACCCCCUCCACCUCCACCAGGUGGCUGUCCUCCACCACCUCCUCCUCUCCCUGGCCAGGCCAGCAUGCCACCACCACCUCCACCACCACCACCCCCAGGAGGUGGGCCUCCACCUCCCCCACCUCCCCCAGGGUGUGGACCCCCACCUCCUCCACCUUUCUUUGGGGGCCCUGGCAUGCCUCCACCACCUCCAGCUAUGCCUGUCAUCAAAUUGCCUUAUGGACUGGAGCCCAAAAAGACGUACAAGCCUGAAACUGUCAUGAAGAGGGUCAACUGGUCCAAGAUUGUGCCCCAGGAAAUGGCUGAGAAUUGCUUCUGGAUCAAAGUCAAAGAAGAAAAGUUUGAGAAUCCUGACCUCUUUGCUCAGCUCUCCCUCGUCUUCUCCUCGCGGACCAAAGUGAAGAAGGAUGUGGAAGAAACUGAUGAUAGAAUGACCCAAUUCAAGAAAAAGGCGAAAGAGCUUCGGAUCCUUGACGGCAAAACAGCACAGAAUCUUUCAAUUUUCCUGGGCUCGUUCCGCCUGCCUUAUGAAGAGAUCCGGGACAUUGUGCUGGAGGUAGACGAGGAAAGACUGAGUGAAUCACUCAUCCAGAACCUGAUAAAGAACCUGCCAGAGCAGAAAGAGCUGAGCGCGCUGGCGGAACUAAAGGGUGAAUAUGAAGAGCUAGUGGAGUCGGAGCAGUUUGGCAUUGUGAUGAGUUCAGUAAAGCUCCUACGUCCACGUCUCAAUGGCAUCCUGUUCAAGCUGACCUUUGAGGAGCAGGUGAAUAACAUCCGGCCAGACAUCAUGAACGUGACGUUUGCCUGUGAGGAGGUGAAGAAGAGCGACGGCUUUAGCAAGCUGCUGGAGAUGGUGUUGCUGGUUGGCAAUUACAUGAAUGCUGGCUCAAGGAAUGCCCAGACAUUUGGCUUCAACAUCAGCUUCCUCGGCAAGCUACGAGACACUAAAUCCGUCGAUCACAAUAUGACACUUCUUCAUUUCCUGGCUGAGAGGUGUGAGGACAAGUACCCAGAGAUUUUGAGGUUCCCAGAUGAACUGGAGCAUGUCGAGAAUGCCAGUAAAGUGUCUGCAGAGAUUUUGAACAGCAGUUUGAGCACCAUGGAACGUCACAUCCAGAGGCUUGAAAAUGACAUCCAGAACUUCCCCAAGACAGACGACCCACAAGAUAAGUUUGUGGAGAAGAUGUCCGGCUUCUGCAAGCAUGCGCGGGAGCAAUAUGAAAAGCUGGCUACCAUGCACAAGAACAUGCAAAAGCUCUACGAGAACCUGGGCAGCUACUUUGCCUUUGACCCGCACUCAUUCAGCGUGGAGGACUUUUUUGGAGACUUGGCCAACUUCCGUACCCUGUUCAUGGAAGCAGUGAAGGAGAACCACAAGAAGAGAGAGAUGGAGGAGAAGAUCAAGAGAGCCAAGCUGGCGAAGGAGAAAGCAGAGCGCGAGAAGCAGGAGCGCCAGCAGAAGAAGAAGCAGCUGAUUGACAUGAACAAAGAGGGAGAUGAAACCGGUGUGAUGGACAGCCUGAUGGAAGCUCUACAGUCAGGAGCAGCCUUCCGCGAUCGACGAAAACGGACCCCACGCAACGGUGAUCAAAGCCCCUCCAGUCCAGCCUCUCGGUGGCCGGGUGUUAACCAUGGUAACAGAACCUUAGAUGUCACCGCCGGGAGAAGUAGACAACCGCCGUGCAGUCCUGGAAAGGUCUCGGUCACGCCACAACGCAAAUCCCCAGGCUCGAUGAUCACCCGCGCCUACCAUAAGACGCUAGAUAAGUGCCAAAGAGGCCUACGAGGUGGAGACCUGGACGACAUCUAAAGGAGGAACAGUCCACCCUUCAGUGUGGCGCACUCAGGCACACACACAUACAUACACAAACACACAAAUACACACGCACACAUAAAACACCAGUUUUGGGACAAAAAAAAAAAACCUAAUAAAGCCACACAGAACUGAGAAGAGAAAUCUACUACAGUACAUCACGCAUAAGACAUUUCAUAGUCAUGCUGUUGGUCUGACGCCUUACAUAUUUAUUCAUUGCUUUCUCAAAACUCUACAUGUUCAUGUCCCAUCUAGGGAUGGGGUUAAUUCAUUGGAGAUAGAUGUACAUAUAUCUAUAUAGAUAUAUAGAUAUAUCUUUUCCUCUUCUUAUGUUGUUUGCUUUUUCAGUUGAAAUGUUCUCAUUGCUUGAAAAUCUAAUUAGGUUUUUGCAAUAUAUCUGCCACAAGCCUUCUAAUACAAUCCCCUAUAAUGAUCAAAAUGCUACAGAUCGCAUGCAGUUUUGUCUGAAAUGAAACAUGCAUUGUGUUGUAGAAAAUAGACAUUCCGCCGAGAGGGACUGCACCACAGUGUACACUUGUUAGGCAGAAAAACUUCUCUAUGUAACUGCACACACAGUGCAAAGCGUUAGCAGGUCGGCUGUCCUUCAACUGGAACACCUGGUUUUAAGCUCCUGAAUCCAAGCAAGCAUACUUGCUGGUAUUUCCUUUUGCAAGUCACUGAAUCCUUACCAGCUCCAAGGAUGCUGCUCUGACUUGAGGAGGGAUGGCAAAAGAGAAUUUGCCUUCAGGCGUCAAUGAAGUAUCACAUUUGUCAUUCUUUUUUCUAAUCUUCUAAUUAUUAUUGCCAAUCCUUUCCUUGAACCAGCAUCCAGACAAUUUCUGUCACUACCAAUGCAGUAUAUGCACCAUAACAUGAGUCCAGAUGAAUCAUUUCAUUGCAUUACAAAUCCCACAAAGCCACAAGAGCUGCACCCUGUCCAUGCGGAUCAUUACAAGCAUGUGACUCAUGGAUCUUGAGAGUGAGUGACUGUACUCUCCAUCUUGACAAGAUGCAUUUUAUUUAUUGUUCUAUCUUCCUAAUGCCUUAGGGUGCUGAGAUCUGUCCCACGGUCUCUUUUGCUGUUUAUGUGACAAGCUGAUAUAUUUCUAUAUGCCAUUUACUUGCCUAUCUUCUCAGCUAGCAGGAGCUGGCAUUGGUCAGAGUAAUUAAAGUUAACAUGAGGCUGCAACCUUUCCAGAGGCCGCAUAGGUUUUUAGUAGGGGAAACUGUUGUGAAACAUUUCCAUUUUUAACCAUUUUACAUUCAGAUUAUAUAAUGACUUUACAGUACUGAUAGGAAUCUAUUUCUGUCUAUAUUUCGUUUUAUGUGAAGGCUCAGUGAAGGGCCCUGUUUCUUGGUGAAAUCUUUGGGCCCAUAGCCAAUUGCUUCACAGCUGUUUCACAAACAUUUGACACUUCAGCUCAAACUUUCCCCAUUAAAACGAAUGUGCAAAGGUUAGGGGUUAAGUGCAAAAUAAUGGAAACUACGUUGAAAGGUGUCCUCUAUAAUGACUCUUUGGCAAACAGUUAUUUCCUCUAUAAAUUUAGCUAUUUAUUCAUAUAUUCAUGCCUGGGGCGGCGUUGUCCCUCCAGUGCCUAAAAAGUUACCAGAUGCUCCUAAAAACAGCCAUUUCACCCACAUGUGGAGUCCAGUGGAAGAGACUGAAAGGCAAGGAAGACAAGAUGGUGGCUGUCUUUCUUAGCAAGUGUGUUUCCACACACCCUCCAAUUCCCCACUGCUAAUGGCAUAAGUGACCCUUUUACCAUAACGUGAUUUGCUUGAGUAAUACUAUAACUGCCCUAGGCUCUGUGUGGUGUGUGUGGGUGUGUGUGUGCAUGUGUGUGUGUGUGUGUGUGUGUGUGUGUGUGUGUGUGCGCACAAAGCCAACCCAAUAAUCGGAACAGGAACCUAGGCAAAAUAGGAUUCAGUGUGCUUGACUCCUGGGCUGAAUAGAUGGGGAGUUUUUUUUUAUUUAAACAAUCUGCCAGUGCUGCUUGUGAUGUGUCUGUGUCUUGAUGCCUCCUCUCCUAGCCGGCAUCGUUCUAAAAAUGCAAUGUUACACACCACAUCGGCUCAAGGUGCAUCCAUAAUAUCCCAAGAAGUCUGCAUAUUCAGGAAGACAAUAAUUCCAUUCUGAAUAUAAGGUUGAAACAGUCACACAGAAGAAAGCAUAGCGAGCGAGCUUUUCCCAUUAUAGAUUCUCCGUAGUUUGGGCUGUAAGGAUGUUUUGUGUACAGGAGAGAUGGCUCCAGGAGAUCCAGUGCUGCCAAAGGCAACGAUGUGCUUUUCUAAUUACUUGCCCCGUUGUCUUCUGCGCCAUCACACGCAUCAGAAGCACUGCAUAAGAUUCAUACAGUUUUUAUGAAUAACUCCCAGAACCUGCUAUGACGUUUGAUUUUUUUUUCCUUUUCUACUUGUGGAUGGAUACUCUACAUGCAGCUGAGAUAAGAGAUGAUUUGUGAUUCCUGGUUGAUUUUUAUUACUAUCUAUUUCUCUUUUGAAUAAUUCGACUGACAAUUUGUUGCUUUAUUAUUAUUUAAUCAUUUUUUUUUUACCUGUGCCAAGUUUUUAUGAAAAACAUGAAACUGUUACCAAACAGCGACGGGAUAACUCUGUGUUGUUUUGUAUAUCAAAGGGAUUGCAGAUCUCUUUUAGUCAAAUGAGACUUCUGUAUGAGCAGAGAUUGUACAGGAGUAAAAACCUGAUUUCUACAUCUUAGCCAUUGUUUAAAAAAAAAAAAAAAAAGGAAUUGAUCCAUUUAAAAGACAUUCAUGAUGAAUAGCAGAUUGUGAUGUGAUUACAAAUGAUAGUCAUAUGACAUUGUUUUUCAUAAAAUUAUCAAACAGCUUUUGUACAAUGUAAUGGAUUUGGAUUCUGAUCAUUUUUGCAAUGAUUUCAUUGUAGAAUGAAACCAGGAGUAAAAAGCUAUGCCAUUGUAGAAGUUUCAAAUCAAGCAUGCACCCUGCAUCUAUCCUGCAUUAGUACUGUAACUACUCCCACAUGAUCUGUUUUGAACAAUGCAAAGUGGAACUGAGUAGAGAUAAUGCGUUACAUAACUCAAUGUUUUGUAAUAGCUGAAAAGUGGCGGCUAAAAAGUGAUUGGAGUCCAGAUAAUUUGCCUUUAGCAACCUUACAGUACUAACUGAAACUUCUACGAUGGCUACAUUUUUGCGUUAUCCCCAUAAGUGAUUGUUGUAUUUCCAGCUGUGUUUUAGGGUAAUAAAAAGAAAAAAAAUGUGUGUUUAUACAGAGACUAGCAGGAGGAAGAACCUGUGAACUGUCCCAUCAUGUUAGUGUGAAACAGGCCUCUGUUUGGGCCCAUCCAUCCCAUUGUCUUUUAGCUAGUAACUAAUAAACCAAUUAUAUGACUUGUGCUCAUGGUAAUUGUGAGAAUGAGGAGGCAGGGGUAUGAAAAAUUCUAUCAAAAACUGUAAAUGUGCCAUUCCGGUGGUGAUUGGUGGUUAGCUCUUUAAUUAAAAAGGUUUGCAAUGGAACUAUACACUCACUGAUGGUGCACUUUACCUCAGCAGAUACUCUGCCAAGUCAGAGAACGAAUUGUUUGAAUUGAGUUGUUUGAUUAUGACAUUGCCACUAACAGAGUGAACUAUUUGCUAAGCGCUUUCUUUUGGUAAAUAGUUCCCAGCUGCCACAUAUCCAAUUCUUUCUCAAUUUGUUAAUGCUUACUAUUGUGAUUUGGGGAGAGACCAAUUGUUGCUGAGUAAACAAGGGAUGCUCAUAAUUGUUGACAACCCCUGUCCAGCCAUGAGGUUUAAGCUGCCAUAGCCCUGCCUACCUUCCUUGUCAUUGAGUAUGUUUUAUUGUCUUAAGAAACAUUUAUAUUUGUAACAUCUUUAAGUUUAUUUUUAUCCAUAAGAAAAUUAAAAACAAAACAAAAAAAGAAACAAAAUGGUUAUGCACAUUGUCCCUGCAUAGAAUAUGUAAUGGAAUAUCAUACUAAAUAAUAACCACUUUGUUAUAUAAACUGA